AUGUUGCGAUCACUUGCUCUCGCCGCCCUCGUCGGCGCCGGUUCCGUCCUGGCUACCGAGUGUUCCACCAGCUCUCAGUGCCCCGAGUCUGCCCCCUGCUGCUCCACCUAUGGUGAGUGCGGUGUUGGCGCUUACUGCCUCGGUGGCUGCGACCCCAAGUCCUCCUUCUCCCUCGACUCCUGUGUCCCCGCUCCCGUCUGCCAGGACCGCUCGAUGAAGAUGAACUCGCUCGAUCGCGUGGCCGACAUUGGUGACUACCUGGGUGACCCCUCCAAGGCCGACUGGGUCGCCCAAGGCGAGCCCCUUAUUUUCAACAACAACCUCCUCCUGACCAUGCCCAAGGACAGUGUCGGCACCGUUUUGUCGUCCACCGUCUACAUGUGGUACGGCAACGUCAAGGCCAAGUUUAAGAGCAGCCGCGGCCCCGGUGUCGUCACUGCCUUCAUCCUGUUCUCCGAUGUCAAGGAUGAGAUCGAUUACGAGUUCGUCGGUGUCGAUCUUGAAACCGCACAGACCAACUACUACUUCCAGGGUAUCACCAACUACGAGAACUCGGCUAACAUCAGUGUCUCUGAUACCUUCGACAACUUUCACGAGUACGAAGUCCGCUGGACUCCCGAUCAGAUCGAGUGGCUCAUUGACGGCAAGGUUGGCCGCACCACCAAGAAGGCUGAUACCUGGAACGCGACCUCGCAGAACUUCGAGUAUCCCCAGACCCCUGCCCGUGUCCAACUGUCGCUCUGGCCCGGUGGUCUAGCCAGCAACGCCAAGGGUACGAUCGACUGGGCUGGUGGUGAAAUUAACUGGGAUCACUCAGACAUCAAGAACUACGGUUACUUCUUCGCCACUGUCGCCGAGGUCGACAUUGAGUGCUACAACGCCAAAACCCCCCCUGGUACCAACCUCAACAAGAGCUACUACUACAACAACAUCCGUGGCACCAACGACACCGUCGUCGACAGCGACAAGGACACCAUCCUCGCCUCGCUCCAGGGCACCGGCACCGACAUGGACAAGGGCAAGAAGAAGGCCUCCAAGAGUUCUUCCGGAUCCAAGUCUACCAAGACAGCCGCCUCCGCGUCCGCCUCUGCGUCAGAGACCGAUGUUGGUACCAUUCCUGGUGGUGGCAGUAACGGCUCGUCGGGCGAUGACCACAGCUCUGAUGAUAGCUCGAGCUCUGACUCAACUUCUGGUGACUCCAGCUCCGACUCCUCGAGCUCCGACUCAAGCACAAACUCCCAACAGGCCGAUACCUCCAACUGCGACACCUCCAGCUUCAACCAGGAGUGUGGCAGCAGCAAGGACGCUUCCAGUUCCGACAGUGCCGGCAGUGGCAAUGGUAAGAGCGAAGGUUCGCGUACUAGCGCUAGCGCUCUGGCUAUCAUCAUUGCCGGCUGCGCUCUGUACUGGCUAUAG